CAGCAUUAGGAUAUAGGAGCUUCAGAGACCAGAAGGACAGAUCAUCAAAAUAAAAAAGAAUGACGAGCAAACCUCAACUAGAAGCUGUUUCAGCUGAAGAUGCCGCUAUGAUCAAUGAGAAACCUUCGAAACGUCCUUCCGGGAAGAGGGACAUGGAUGAAGAUGAUGAUGAUGACGACGACGAGUCUGAUAGUGAUGUGAGUAUGGUCAAUGUCGAUUUUGAUUUUUACAAUUUAAAUCCUGAUGUAGAUCAAAUAACGGUCAAACGAUUUUUACGUCAAACCCUUUCUACCGAUGAAGAAAUGAUAGACGUACAUCCCUUAGCCACCUUGAUUCUGGAGGAAGCUAGUAGGAUGAGAGUUGGGAGUAGUAUAAAGACUGAUGGAGAGGAAAGUGAUCCUUGGGGAUUAUUAGCUGCUGUGGAUAUUAACAGAAAUCGGACAAACCCAUCACUCUCCUCUCUCCUAACUUACUUCACCUCAACUCUCAGUCCUCGUUCACCUCUUCGGAUCUUCUUUGACGUUUCUUCCUCUCCUGCAAUUUCUAAUUCCCCCUUCUUGCUCUUCUCUCUUCGGAUGCUCAAUCUCCCACUUCCACUCAUACCCCCAUUAUACACCAUGCUCCUUUCCGAACUUACCGAAGCGGAGGAAUCAGGUAGAAUACCGAAGAUCACACAUUUUCUCCUUUGGGGUAGAGGGUACAGGUUGGAAGGUAAUGAAGAGAGUAAUGGUUUAGAUAUGGUCGAUGGAGAUGUGAAAGGAAAGGGAAAUGGGAAAGGUGGACAAAAGAGAAAAAGACAACAAAGUGGGAUGAUAGGUUUAGGAAGUGGGAGUUUCCCUUAUCAUCCAGAAGAAGAAUUCAUAGAUAAGGUCGCUUCUCAUGUCCACACAUACCCAUUCAAGAAUUCUCAAAAGAGAGAUGAUGAUUCAUUGGGUGUGGAACAAUACGGUAGAUUGAUAUUGGUAGAAAGGGACAACUUGGCAAGGGCAGUGAAAGCCAUGACGGAUGUUAAAUGA